AUGAGAUUCGCAACAAGCACCACAGCCCUCCUCCUCUCCCUUGCCCUCACAGUCUCAACCGCUCCAACAAAACCCUCUCCUGCUCUGGAAGACCCACCAGAGGAAGUCCCAAGCAUAGUAGGGGGCGCCCUCGAGCUAGCAGGCGGCAUCACCUCAGACGCCGGCGCCGACGAAGUUGGCGACGCGCUCUCGGGCGCGGGAGAGGCAGUGGAUGGCAGCGGGAAGAAGCCACAGCGUGUGCGGGGCCUGAAAGACGCCAAGGCAGGCGGUGACAAGAAGGGGGCGGCCAGCACCGCGACGGGAGGCGCGCUCGAGCUUGCCGGCUCUAUCACGUCUGCUGCGGGAGCGGGAGCGGUCGGAGAUGCGCUGUCCGCCGCUGGGGAGGCUGUCGAUGGGAAGAAAGGUGGAGGGAAGAAGGCCGCGAAGAAAGUUGGAGCUGAUGCUAAGGCAGGUGAGAAGGACCAUUGA